CGCCAGCGGAAGUGACGUCGCACGUCAUGGCGCACAGUCUCCUUCCCUUUUCUUUUUCACGCGACAGUCACCAUGCCGCCUAAAAAGGAUACGAAAAGUUCCUCUAAACAGCCUCAGAAAACCCAGAAGAAGAAGGAGGGUGGAUCUGGUGGAAAGGCCAAGAAGAAGAAGUGGUCCAAAGGAAAAGUACGUGAUAAGUUAAACAAUCAAGUACUCUUUGACAAACCCACAUAUGAGAAGCUGUUGAAAGAAGUACCGCAAUACAAAUUGAUUACUCCGUCGAUUGUUAGCGAAAGGUUAAAAAUUAGGGGAUCUCUCGCAAGACGGGCACUGAUAGAACUUCAGCAGAAAGGCUUGAUCAAGCAAGUCGUGCAGCAUCAUGCACAACUUAUCUAUACACGUACUACUAAGGGAGAUGACCCAGCAGUGUAAUAUGUAAACAUCAAUUUAAUAAAAAAAAAUUUAAAGCCAAGA